AUGGGGCUGGUGUUGAGUGCUGCAACUGGUAGAGGAUGGACAACGGGUUCGGGGAUGGAAGGGCCGCCUGUUCCUGCUGUUGGGAAGGAUGAUCAAUUUGGGACGGGGAAUAUUUCAACUUUUCCGUGGUCGCUCUUUACAAAAUCUCCGAGGAGGAGGAUGCUUAUCGCUUUUACUUGUACCAUCUGUGGCCAGCGAACUACGCGGGCUAUUAAUCCUCAUGCGUAUAAUGAUGGAACUGUUUUUGUUCAGAUAUUCCUAUACAGUAUAGCGUGGUCGUCAUGGGUUCCAUAUGCUCUAGCAGGUUUCUCUGUUUUAGGCGUUCUCGUGCGACCAACUAUAACCAGCAUUGCAUCGAAACAAGUUGGACCGAAUGAACAGGGAAUGGUUCAAGGAUGUCUCUCAGGAAUCACUUCCGUCGCCAACAUCAUUUCUCCAUUAAUUUUCAGUCCACUGACAGCCUUGUUCCUGUCAGAAGACGCACCGUUUAAUUUUCCAGGAUUCAGCCUAAUGUGCCUUGGGCUAAUACUGAUGACAGCAUUUUUCCUUAGUCUUAUGAUUCGUGCUGCGCCUCCUAUUGUUGGCGACAAAGUUAGUAGUAACCGUUGCACAGACACCUUGGUCUGAGGUGGGAGAUAAAUCUGCCUAUUAUUUAUGCGCAGAAGCAACAAACAUUAUAUUUCAUUCAUCAUUUUGCCUCUCCAAAAAGUGUUGUACAUAACCUGUGAGAGAUAAGUUGCAAAAUAAUAGAAUGAAACAUACUUUAGGUGUAGGUUCUACUUCUACUCAAGACAUCUAUAUGCUUUGACACACGGAGACACCAAGAACACACAAAGGUGAAUUACAGAAAAAGAAACAUGACUCAUGACUCAGUGAAGUUGGUUUUGAAAAUAGUAAUCAGGUGAACCACUGCUAAGUCACAGAAUUUUCUGCAAUUAUGAAGAGGGAAUGUGGUAAUGUAUUUAUGAACCACAUUAUCUUACAGCCUUAGACUUAUGUUGUUUAAUCAUCCUUUCUGUGAAGAAAUGUAAUAUUUAGUAUGUUAUAUGUAUGGAUGAUUGUGUUAAGUGUGUGAAGCUAUACAUACAACAAAAGAAGUAGUUAUGCAAAGUAUUGUACAUGAUUAAAUUCAUGAUCGUACAAUUCGGUUGCGAA